AUGGAGGGACUGAACGGCAUACACGGCGACGUGAACAGCGGGACGUUCAGGCGCCGAGAUACGCCUGGGAACGACCCUGAAGUGGCGAAUCUCAAGAAUCGGAAAAGGGUGUCCGCGGUUGUUGGGGCGGAUGCGGGGAGAGGGUACAGCGGCCCGCCACAGCUGCUGCUUUCCCCUCAUGCGCCCUUUCCGCUGCCCCUCCCCCUUCCGCCCGGAUCCAAUCGCGACGCCGUCGAGCGAUGGCUUCGCGACGCCGUGGCGUCGUGCUUACGUCAGCUGUGCCGGAUGACGCCCGACGCGCUCGUCCCCGCGGUGCCGUUUCUCGAGUCGCUCUGCGUGCGAUGGUUGCUGCACGACGCGUGGCAGCUCGCCAUUGGACAGCAGCGGCUUCAGCUCGGCGGUCGCGUCGAAUCGGUGGAGAAUGCGAGCAGCGCACAUGCAGGCAGCUAUUUAUGCGAGGCGGAGUCCGUCCGGGCAGUCGUGGCGCGCAUCAAGGAGCAGAUCGCAGCAGCCCAGCGCCGACAGCAGCAGCAGCGGCAGCGGCAGGUGGAGGAUGGGUACUGGGGCGAGGGCAAACAAGAGGAGCGCGAAGAGCAGAAUGGUCUGUCAGACGCGCGAUUCUUCCUCGUGGGUGCGGGUGACGAGGCGGAGAGUGGCGAGUGGCAGCGGGUGGUGGCAGCAGCAGUGGCUGGUGAGGUGGGCGCUGCUGUGAUAGAGGUGGACGCCCCCUUGCUCUACUCGCUCUCCCAUCUGCUGCUCCACGCAUCUACUGACGCCUCAACCACCAGCACCAUGGACCGAGCCAGGGCGGGCAGGAACCUGCUGCUCGCUCGCAUGCUGCUCACCAUGUGCCGCCAGCUGGCGGAGCAGCGUCCGGUGAUUCUCUUCCUGCCCCACGCCCACCUGCUCUCAGAAUCCCACUCCGAUUUUCUCCUCGCCCUCUCCAUUGCCUCCAGAGGUGUCCUCACGCCCUCCCUCACUCACCUGCUCGCAUCCCUCCUUCGUGUGUGCAUCCGCCUCUUCUUCCUCCCCCUCAUCGCUCUCAUUCGCCUUGCUAAGUCCGCCAAGCUCCUCCCAGCGGCCCCUCCUCAGCCCGCUGCUCUCUUCCCGCCAGCCAAUGUGCUGCCUGUGCAGGUGCCUCUGCUGUUCGACCCAUUGGGUCAGGAGGUGGCGCAGUUAGAGGAGAGGGAGGAGAACGAGGAGGAAGGGGAAGAGGAUGGGAAGAAGGGAAGGGAAGACGCUCAGAACCUAGUGAGGGUCGAGAAAGUGGAGAGAAACGGAGAAAAUCAGAGGAGGGUAGUGACGAGUGCGAGGGAGGAAUGUGUGGAUGCAUCAAACGUAGUGGCAUUGCGCAUGGCAUGGGAGGGGCAGGUGACAGAGCUGAAAGCACGGCUGCAAGAGGCACAGGCGCAGGUACUGGCAGUGGAAGGGCAGGUGCAGCUGGAACAGAUGUGGCGGGAGGAUUUGCUGCGGCAGGGCGAGAUGUGGGAGAGGAAGGCGGAGGGGGAGGCAAGGAGGAGAGAGGAGGCUGAGGGCAGGGAGAGGGAGGUGAGGAGGGAGAUGGAAGGGGAGAGGGAGAAGCGGGCGGAAGCUGAGAGGAAGGUGGGUUGUUUGUGUGAGGAAGUGGAGAGGAUGAAGGGGAGUGUGGAGAGAGCGGAAGGGGAGGUUAGGAGGGUGGUGAAGGAGGGGAGGGAGAAGGAGAGGGAGGUUAGGGAGGAGGUGCAGAGGCUACAGGAGGAGUUGGUGGUGAGGGAAAAGGAGAGGGAGGAGGAGGUGCGAGAGGCAGCGACCAGAGUGGGUGAGCUGGAGAGACGGAUUAGGGAUGCGGAGAGAGACGCGGAGGAGUUGAGAGGUUUGGUGCGAGAGGAGGAGCGGAGGAGGGAGGAGGUGGUCCGGGAGAGAGCGGAUUUGGGUGAGAGGUUGAGAGAAGCGGACGAGAGGGCGAGGGAAGUGGACGGGCUGAAAGCGCGGGUGAGAGAAGCAGAGGCGAAGGAGGAGAAGGUGGAGGCCUUGAGGGGGAGGCUGAGAGGAGUUGAGGCGAUGGUGGGGGAGAUGGAGGGUGUUGUGCGAGAGAGCGAGGAGAGAGUGAGGGAGGCCGAGAGGGUCAGUGGGGAGAGGAGAAAGGAGGUUCAGGGGUUAGAAGAAAGGCUUGCUGCUGCUGUGGCGAGAGUGGGGGAACUGGAAGAGGAGGUAAGGGAGAGUGGGGAAAGAGUCAGAGAGAGAGAGGAGAGAGUGAGGGAGGCAAACAGGGUCAGUGGGGAGAUGGGGAGGGAGGUGCAAGCGUUAGAGGAGAGGCUUGUUGCUGCUGUGGCGAGGGUGGGGGAACUGGAGGAGGAGGUUAGGGAGAGCAGGGAGAGAGUGAUGGAGAGCGAGGGGAGAGUGAGGGAUGCGGAGAGGGUCAGUGGCGAGAAGGGGAGGGAGGUGCAAUUGAUAGAGGAGAAACUUAGUACUGCUGUGGCGAGAGUGGGGGAACUGGAAGAGGAGAUUAGUGAGAGUCGGGAGAAAGUAAAGGAGGCAGAGAGAGUUAGUGGGGAAAGGGGAAAGGAGGUAGAGGGGUUACAAGAGAGCCUUGCUGCUGCUGUGGCGAGAGUGGGGGAACUGGAAGAGGAGGUAAGGAAGAGUGAGGCGAGAGUGAGAGAAAGCGAGGAGAGAGUGAGAGAGAGCGAGGAGAGAGCAAGAGAGGGUGAGGAGAGAGUGACAGAGAGCGAGGAGAGAGUGAGAAAUAGAGAGGAGAGAGUGAGGGAGGCAGAGAGUGUCAGUGAAGAGAAAGGGAGAGAGGUGCAAGCGUUAGAAGAGAGGCUUGCUGCUGCUGUGGCGAGAAUGGGGGAGCUGGAAGAGGAGGUAAGGGAGAAUGGGGAGAGAGUGAGAGAGAGGGAGGGGCGGAUGAAGGUGUUGGAUGCAAUGGUGGGGGAUUUUGAGGGGCGAGUGAGAGAGAGCGAGGAAAGGGUGAGACAUGCGGAGGGGGAGUUCGAAGCGGUUAAAAGGGAGCUGGUCGUGGUGGAGAGAUGUAGGAAGGAGCUGGAAGUGCAGGUGAGGGAGUUGGAAGGUGUGAGGGAGGAAGCACGUGUGCGGGAGGAGGAAUGGAGAAAGAAAGAGGAAGGGUGGCAGGGGGAAGAGAGGAAGUGGAAGGGGAAGGUGGAUGAGUGGAGAGCACUUGAGGACAUGUGGAGGACGAAAGAGGAGGAGUUGAGUGUGAAGGUGGAAGAAGAGCAGGCAGUGGUUGAUAGACUGAGGAGGAGAGAGCGAGAGGUGGAAUUGGAGAGAGUGAGAUGGGAGGAGCGGCAGAGGGAGGGGGAGAGAGAGGCAGUGGCUCGGUGGCAGGCUGAAGUUGGGAGGCGGGAGGAGGUGGAGAGGCAAGUGGCUGGGCUGAAAGAACGUGUGCAGGAGGAAUCAGAGAGAGUGCGGGCUGCACUGGUGGAAGGGGAGGGUGGGAGGAGGAGAGUGGCCGAGGCGGAAGAAAUGGUGAAGGAGGCAGAGAUUCGGGUUGCAGAGGCGGUUGAACGGGUUGAGAGGAUGGAGAGGCGGGUGCGGGAGUCGGAGGAGAGGCGGGAAGCGGUGGAGGGGGAGUUGGAGGGGUUGAGAGGGAUGGUGCGAUGGGUGAUGGUGAGUGUGGGGGUGGCUGUAGGAGAGGGGGAGCUAGAGGGUGGGUGCAAGGAGGGGUUGGAGAGAAUGGCAUGGCAGUGGAAGGAGGAGGUGAGAGCGAGGAGGGAGGAGGUGGUUGAUUUGAAGAGAGUUCAUGAGGAGGAGAGAGCACAGUGGACAGAGGAGGUGGAAGGGUGCAAGCGUGCUUGGGAGGAGGAGCGGGGGCGGUUGCAGGGGGAGGGUGAGAAGCGGGUUCAGGCGUGGAGGGAGGAGGCGGUGGAGCGGAAGCGGGAGGUUAGCGAGUUACAGGCAAGGGUGGCUGAGAUGGGGGAGAUGGUGGGGGCGAUGAGGAGGGAUGUGGAGGAGGCAAGGAGGGUGGCUAAAGGGGAGAAGGGCAGGCGAGAGGCAGUGGAGGCACAGGCGAGGGUGCUUCUGGAGAAGGUGGAACUGAUGAGGCAGAGGCGGGCGGCAGGGAAGAAACGGCAGGAUGUGGGGAAGGCUGUAUCUGGGGUGGUGGCAGUGGGGGGAGAAGCCAGUGGGGUGGUUGCAGGUUCACCAGGGAAAGGCGAGGGUCAGGUGGUGGAGGGUGCAGAGAGAAAGGGAGGAGGGGAGGGGGGUGGAGUGGGAGGGGGGAAGAGGCGGUGGAGGGAGGAGGUGGCAGUGCUGUUGGGUCGAGUGGAGCAGAUGGGGCGGGAGAGGGAGGAGGCGGAGAGGGCGUGGGUGGGGCGGAUGGCAGCAGUGGAGAUGCGCAACGUGGUGAUGGGGGUGGAGCUGGCUGCCGUGGAGAGGGAGAGAGACGCGCUGCUCAGCACCCUCAUGGCGUCUGCUGCUUCUGCCGGUGGGGUCGCUCGUGGUGCUUCAGCUGGUGGGGUCGCACUCUCUCGUGGCGCUGUUUCGCGUGGUGGUGCUUCUCCUGGGCUCUUGCGCACUGUGCCGUCCUCCUCGCCCUCUUCACCCUCCGUGUCCCCUUCACCCCUCCACGCUUCUGCGUUCUCGCGUGUGCUGCCAACCCGGCUCUUUGCCAAUGGUGGGUCGAUUGGGUCCGCAGACGUGAGCCGCAGAAUGAGCAGUGGGUCAGGGAGAGGGAACACAGGGGGUCAUGCAUCGGCAUCAGCAACAGCAGCUGCAGCAUCAACCCUAACAGCACUGUCACCCCUAGAAGCAGCAUCACCCGUGGCAGUAGCACCUGCAGCAGAGGGGUUGGAGGAGGGGGAGGGGCUUGGACCGCGGUGGAGCAGCCUGGCGACAGUGUGGCCGCUAUCGUGA